AUGGAAAGCGACGAAUUUGCGUUUAUAACUUUGAAGCCAGAAACGGCCGCCCAGUUGAAUGCUAAAAGUAGUUCAAACAUUAAUUUUGCCUUAACCAUAGGUCGGCCGUAUUGGCUAGAAAAUCCAAAUCUAUGUUCCAAAGUUGAAAACCUUACGGUUAUAGUUAUUGUGCAUUCUGCAAUACAACAUUUUGGACACAGAACAGUCAUACGCGAAACUUGGACAAACAAUUCAUAUUAUCCUCAUCUUGGAAAUAUAAAAAUUCUUUUCUUAUUAGGAAAAGACAAUGAUCUUAAACAUCAGCUUCUAAUUGAUAACGAAUUUAAACGACAUGGUGAUAUACUGCAAGGAGAUUUUAUUGAUGCGUAUAAGAACAUGACUCACAAAAAUGUUAUGGGUUUUAAGUGGUUGUCAGAAAGAUGUAGAAAUGCGAAAAUAGUGCUUAAAAUUGAUGAUGAUGUUGUUAUUAAUAUGUUUUACUUCCUAUCACAAUUUGCUCGUUCCUUUUUGAUGAAGACUAAACAUAUGUCAUGUGUUCGUUUGUCUAAAAUAACUGUGAAACGAGGUGGAAAAUGGGCUGUAGAUAGGAGUUUGUUUCAAGGAAAUUAUUAUUAUUACCCGGAUUACUGUCAAGGGUUUAUGGUUGCGAUAUCAAUUGAUGUUAUACCUGCACUGUAUAAGUCGGCGUCUAUUACUCCUUUCUUUUGGAUUGAUGACGUAUUUGCAUAUGGAAUGGUGCCUGCUAAUGUGCCAGAAAUGCAAUACACAAACAUAAACAUUGGCAGGGACGUAGCGUGGUACGAACACCAUGCAUUGUCGUGCUAUAAGAACAUCAGUAGAACUGAAAAAUGCUCGUAUUUUGUUGUGUUAGUCAGAGGAAAAGUUACCCAAAAACUAAGAUCCUUUUGGAAGCUGAUGGUUGAGGAGCACAACAGUUUCAAAUGA